UGCAAUUGCGGCAGUGGUCCAGCCCUCGAUUCCAAGAUAUUUUGUAAAUAAAAUUCAGCGGAGUCGACCAGAAUGAAUUGUUGCAUUUGCCAGUUUUCUGUUCGCGUGCCCAAGAAUAUUCAUACGGAAACCGUUGGUCAUCCGCCGGUGCUGAUCAGCGAUUUGGUCCUGCAAUGCACGCGGGGCACGGACUACGUUCUCGCAGAGGAAUCCUCGACGAUCUGCAAAAAAUGCUGCGAGAAGCUGGCCAGGUACCACAAGUCCAUACAGAUCGCGCGCAAGCUGCGCCAGGAGAUCCUGGAGCUGAUCCACAGUCCUUACAUGUCCAAGGAAAUCAAGGAGUUGCAGGUGAAGGAGCAAGAAAUCGGUGGAGAACACAAUAUUGCCAAGUUCGAUGGAAAUAUAGAGGUUGAUGAAGAGCUGGUGGAUCAGGAGGAGGAGGAAGAGCAUGAGCUGCAGGAAUUAGACACCACAACGGAGGCUGUCACCCUGGUGGAUCCAGCCAACAUCGAGGAGGAGGUGGCCGAGGAGGAGCAUACCUUUAUUCUUAAGCAAUCAGAGGAGGAUGAGGAAUUCCAGUCCGUGGACUUAGAACUGGAUAUCGAUAAUGAGAUUAUCAUUAAUGAGGAAGAGACCCACGAGGAGGAGGGGGAGGAAGAAGAAGAUCUGGCGCCGCAUGCCAAGCAUGAGAUCCAAGAGGCCGACUUCUUUAAGGAGGACACAAUGAGCGACUUUGACGACCAUCUUGAUGGCACCAUAGAAUACAUAAUAUCGGAUGGUGAGGAUCAGGAGCAGGAUCAGGACAGCUCCGGCGACUAUACGGUGAAUAUACAGUGUCCCAGUUGCUCUGAGAAGUUCACCAGCCGACGCGCCUACAAUGCGCACACAAAACGGGAGCACUUUCCGGGCUACGUUUGUGAUCAGUGCGGAAAGACCCUGCAGUCCUACUCCGGAUUCAUAGGGCACCUUCAGAACCACGAGCCGGUCAAACAGUUCGCCUGUCCCGUUUGCCCAGAGCGCUUUAGCCGCAAGUUCCGCCUGAAGCACCACAUGGCCUGGCAUACGGGCGAGACGCCUUACCAGUGUGAAGUCUGCUCCAAGCGAUUCGUCCACAAGGUAGCCCUCUACAAGCACAAGAUGAUCCACGACAACGAAACCAAGCGGCUGGAGUGCCAGGUAUGCGGCUUCAAGACCCGCACCAAGGCCCAUUUGGAAAGGCACAUGCGUUCGCACACGGGCGAUAAGCCGUUUGCGUGUCCGGUGUGCAGCAAGCGGUUCUCCCAGAUGUACAACAUGAAGGCGCAUUUGCGGGAGCACGAGAGUCCUGGAACGAAUCGCCAUCGGCGCUACCACUGCUCCAAGUGCACGCACACCUUCAUCAAUGAGCAAAACUACGUGAGCCACAUUCAAAAAGACGACUGCACGGCAGUUUAGCCCUCAAUCGAAUUACAUUGUAGAUAAUUUCAUAAGAUUCAAUACCGGAACGAACCGAAGACGAAUUAUCUUCAUCGUGAUCAUCAUCAGACCCUUAUAAAAUCAGUUCAUUACGUUCUAUCCAUGUACUUUUUUAUUAAAUCUAUAUGCAUUUUGCUCACAAAUAAAAUAUGUUUGAUAUAAUAAAUUUAUCCGUUAUUUGCAUAUUUCUGCGGUUAUUUCAGUUUUCUUAAAAAAAUAUGUAUAGUAUGUGUAUGCAUUAACUUAAUUAAAUAAAUCAAUCGAUCGACAUCGUCCGUUUCGGCCUCCAAUACGCAAUUGUAUACCCGAUAUUGGUCACUGCUGGACAGAUCGAACUCGAAAAUGAAAUGUGCCUAAUGGUAGAUCGGUAGAUGCAAUUGACGCAAUUACAAUACAUUGUAUAAAUACAUAAAUGUUAAGUGUUGUAUGCUGUGUUAUAGAUUAUACAAAAAUAAAACAGAUUAUCUUUUGA